AUGGAACGAGGCCAGACCACCGACUUUUCAAACACCUUACCUUCGCCUUAUUCUAGCGCGUCGUUUGGUGAUAGUCGGUCUGAGGCAGCUCCGGCGGAUCCUGUCACCACCCAGGCAUACGCCACCCAGCCCGAGGCUCGGCAGAGUCACUACACCACAACGGCCACCCCUACCUCAGAGUACUCUGCUUACCCUGCUUCGGCACGGUCAAGCUCUUUCCCUGAACAUCAGCUUCAGCGGGCAUACCAGCCGUCUGCCAGCAUCGGUGGUGCAAGCAUGGCCUCGCACAGUUCGUCACUGAAUCUUCAAGAUGGCGCUGCCCAUCAAGAUCCCCAGCCAGGUGCCCAGCCAGUCAAGUCUGACAGUGAUGUUCCAAUAGACCCUUCCAUCACGGCGCAGAGCCCUACACAGUACCAGUACCCCCAGGCCAGCCCCUAUGGCUCGUCUGCCCAGGACAUGAGCCACGCGUAUCCCCAGACUCACGUCUACGCGCAGCCGCGUCCUGACUGGACUGGCUACACACACACGCCCAUCACGCCUGGUCACCACGGCGGUGUUUUCCCUCACCAGCAGACUACCCCUACCACGGCCACCCCGGGCCGCGGCAACCAGGUCUUUAGUUUCGUGCCUAUUCCCGGCGCCCAGCAGCACAAGCGCCCCCGUCGUCGAUAUGAAGAGAUUGAGCGAAUGUACAAGUGUGGCUGGAAUGGCUGCGAGAAGGCCUACGGUACCCUGAAUCACCUGAACGCGCACGUGACGAUGCAGUCCCACGGACAGAAGCGCGUUCCUGAAGAGUUCAAGGAAAUCAGGAAGGAGUGGAAGGCCCGCAAGAAGGCCGAGGAGGCCGAGCGCAAGCAGAGAGAUGAGGCUGCUCGGGAGGCCGGCCAGAGCGAUGUGCAGGGCAGCCAUGACGCUCAACAGGGCUCCGUGAAUUCGUAUACGCCCGCGCCUACCCACCGCCUGCCUCCUCUGGGAUACCAGCCUGGCAACUACACCCAGCCAAGCAGCGUUUCCAUGGGCGGUGACUACUCGAGCAACUAUAUACCCGCCAGCGGCUUUCCAACAUCACCCUACGCCCAAUCGCAUCAGCAGGUCUACGGCCAACCUACCGGUGGUCAAGCCCAUUAAAGAGCCAAAACCUCCAAUUUUUCAAUCGUAGAAGAUUUUGACGAUUGGAGACUUGGUUGACUGUAUCUGGAAUGAGAUACUUCGCAUUUGUUACCAUGCAGAUUAUCAAACGAAGAGUCUGCUGGGGAGCCGUGCGUAGUCUCAUGACGAUGCGGCCUAGUGACUGGCUGUAAAAUGGGCGGCGCGUGCUUGGCAGAGAUCCACUCGUCGAUGUGACGGAGCAAGAGCAAGAAGCAGGCCGGCACACGUCGUCGUUGAUGCUCUUCCCUUUUCUCAUUCACCAGCAAUAUACCAAGAUUUCAGAGGUCAACGGGCUUGCUCAGGGCACACGGAACAUAACUACUGAGUGGCAGCGCUUGUUUAUGCAGGUGAUGACGGACAGCAAAAGAAAGGGUGGGGCUUUUUGUCUUGUGUGUCAUCACUUUUCCCCUUCUCUUCUGUUUUUACUUGUUUAUUUUUCUUGUUCGUCGGGGACGGUCAGGGCCAUUGGAGCAUACGAACGUUGGUCGGGGCGUUUCGGUCCAAGCAAAGUUUUUGAUAGUGCCCAAAGUACAGUUUUUGUUGGGGGGUGGCAAAGGGGUCGGUUUCGGUCUGCGGUGAAUGAUGAUGCUUGCUGCGAAGUUUGGAGGUCCUGGUUUACUGCUAUAUGGUGGGCGGGGCGUGGGGCAAGGCAACGGAAAAGACGCGCGCAGUACAGCAAUGUAUCAUACCGGAGUCAGGCAGGCAAACAUGACAACACACACUGAUGAUGUUUUUCAAUGCUC